AUGUCUUCGACCCGACUACUCAGACCAGCAGCAGGCCUGCUAUCAACAACGAGCCGAAGGGCACACCCAGCACAAUGUAGCCGCGUAUACGAAGCCGCCCGGCAGGCACACACAACCUCGAGGGCCCUCAGCAUCGCAUCGAGAUCCCCCAGACCGACAAUACCAUCCGCUGCCUCCGCCUUCGGCCCCCCCGGCAACAGCAACGGCGGCGCCCGGCGCAGUAUCUUCAUCCAGACCGAGAGCACGCCCAACGCAGACGCGCUCAAGUUCCUGCCGAACCACCGUGUGGUGCCGCCCGAGGUGGCGACGCCGUUCAUCGAGUACCUGUCGCCGCGGUCGACGAUCGCGCCGCCCCACCCGUCGCCGCUGGCCGCACAGCUGAUGAACAUCGACGGCGUGACGGCCGUCUUCUACGGCGCCGACUUCAUCACCGUGACCAAGGCCGCCGACGCCAACUGGGCGCACAUCCGGCCCGAGAUUUUCAGCCUGAUCACCGAGGCCAUCACGGCCGGCCAGCCGCUCGUGAAUGUUGUUGUCAGGAAGGAGGGCGACGACGGCCCGCCCGUCGAGGAGGACAGCCUGAGCUACAAUGAGAACGACAGCGAGGUCGUGGGCAUGAUCAAGGAGCUGCUCGAGACUCGCAUACGGCCUGCUAUCCAGGAGGACGGCGGCGAUAUCGAGUUCCGUGGGUUCGAGGAUGGCUUUGUGAACCUGAAGCUCAGGGGCGCUUGCCGGACUUGCGAUUCCAGCACUGUCACGUUGAAAAACGGCAUUGAGGGCAUGUUGAUGCACUAUAUUGAGGAGGUCAAGGGCGUGCACCAAGUGAUGGACCAGGAGGAGGAGAUCGCCAUACAGGAGUUUGCCAAGUUUGAGGAGAAGCUCCGAGCACAGAAGGGUCCAGAUGCGGCACCGACCACGCCGGGGAAGGGCUCGCUAGACUCGGUUCCCGGUUAG